CCUACCCUAUCUCCUAAUGCGAGCCACCAUGUUUUCUUGCAUGAUUCUACUAUUAUCCUCACUGUGGCUCAAAAACGUUACCCCUUCACGUGGUCAACAAUUUACACAUAAAUACCGCAACACUUGGGACCUUUCCCUCCGCAAUUUAACAACUUUGCCCAGCAAAAAUCUUUCCACUAAUGUUACACACUUGUUGGUGUCUUGACAGAAAUAGCAUAUCAUCAAUAGAGGCUCGUGCCUUUGCCGAACUAAGCGCUUUAGAAUAUUUGAUUUUAAAAGAAAACCGACUUACUACCCUCCGAAAAGCAAUGUUCUCGUCCUUGCAAAAUUUAAUAGAAUUGAAUCUUAAAGGGAAUCUCAUAUCAUCAAUAGAGGAUAGUCCCUUUGCCAAACUUAGCGCUUUAGAAAUUUUGGGCUUAGUAGAAAACCGACUUACUGCCCUCCGAAAAGCAAUGUUCUCGUCCUUGCAAAACUUAGAAUAUUUGCACUCAGAUGGGAACCCAAUAACUGAAAUUGAGUCAGAAGCUUUUAAUACAAACACUAGAAUAUUUAUUACUCUUGAUGAAAAUUUUCUUUGCUGCUCUCGUCUUCAUUAUGAGAAUUUAAAUUAUAAAAGUGGCCGAUGCACUUAUGAAGGGGAAAUUAAGGAAUACAACAGCUUUAAUAAAAACUAUUGUAAUGCACUGAAGCCUCCGAAUCCUACUUAUCAAAGUACGUUCACUCCCGAAAAUACCCCGACGGACCAGCCCUCCUCUUCACAGAGCACUCAACCCUCUACGCCGGAAAUCCCACUCAUCCCUCAAUAUCCGAGGAGUUGUGCACGAAACUACAAGACCAGAAAAUUGCGAGUUUUAACCGACGGGCAUCAAACCCGCGGCUCUUGACAAUGCUCUAACCGCUGAGCUACGGUGACGACCCGCAUCUUCGCUAAGUCUUACUCGGGAUAUAUAUAUUUGCGCAUGAUGACUACGAACUUCGGAAUGAAGGGAUGAGAAAGCGCGACCAUUUUAUUACCCCGUAAUGAAGAGGUAGUCAUUAUCUUUUUUUUUUAAAGACUUUGGCAGGUGGCCGGUAAGUUAAGCGAAGGCUAUUGAAAAAAAGAGUAACUUGUGCUAAUACCGAAUUUGCACUGUGGAGACAAAAAUAACCUCCCAAGAUUCUUAUAGUAAGAGUUUUUAAAGUUACAAUCUCCAAAAAUUGUCUACUAAAAUAUUAUUAUAAUGGACUAAUCAUAAUAGUUAAAAACUUUAAACUGCAUUUUUUUACUUAGAUUAUAAAGGCUAGAGAUAUUAAUGCUUAAAUUAUUAACUCCCACUUUGGGGAAAAAAAGAAUUAAAAAAUGAAAUAAAAAGUGGAUAAUCAUAUAUUUAAAUAUAAAGAAAA